AUGCCUGGGCGAUACCGGCUGGCCGGCUUGGCUGGAUAUGCGGUGGCAGAUAAUGUUUUUCGAGAUUGUUUCAAAGCCCACCCAAAUAUUCAAAUGGAAUGUGUAAAACCUAUCGAACGACGCUCCGGAAUCAGCGAAGCCGAAUGCGGAGACCUCUGCGGAAAAUGGGCCCCUCACUGCCGAAGCGCCCAAUAUGACGCCUAUCGCAGCCAAUGUGAUCUUUUUGACCACCCAUCUCCCUUGGAUAUGCCAUUGGGUGCUACAGAUGAUCGAAACAGAUACUUCAUGCUCCAACGUUAUAAAAGGGAGAUCCGGGCGGAAGCGGGAACGGAAAAAUCGGACUGCGUUGUGGUUGUAGUGCCGUCGAUUGGGGUCACACACUACUCGGUAAAUGUCACCUGUCUUCGGGAAUUCGGAAUUCCGCUCACACCUUCGCUGGACAAGAAGUCGCAGCCACCAGAGCAACCAGUCACCCAUGGCCCAGCAAAAAGCCCCAUAAAUGAAAACAACUUCUUCGAAGAUGAGAAGCCGCUUGCUAGCGAUAAAGAGAGCAGUAUAAAUUCUGGUCCCAGCCGACCACUCAACUCCCAAACCAUUGCGCCCAUUGGCAAGAACUCCUUUGCGGGAACUAUCGAAGUGGUUCCGAUGAUACCUGAUUGUCCAAAUGACGAGGUUCCACAUGUGCAGAUUAUAAAUGGAGUUCUAGUUGAUGGUAAAGCAACCAUUGAGAUUAUUGUGGACAAACCAGAGACAUGCGUCCAUAUUUGUAGAACGAAUACGUAUCUGGAUGGAACUCGUCUAUCUCUACUUUGCCGGUCAGCAUUCUAUGAUUGGGGCUCUAAAAAGUGCUCGUUCUACCCAGAUGCCCUAAAUCCCAAUGGAUACCUAAAUUAUAUCCCGAAUCUUAUGUCGCUCUACAUGGAGAAGAUUUGCAUCCCGACGCCCAGCCUUUCGCAUGGAUGUGACGAGGCCUUGAAGAGGUACCCACAACACGUGCUAUUUGGUCAUGCCUCGGAUAUUACAACGGCUACUAGUCAACAGAAUUGCAUUGUUCAAUGUCUCAACGCCUACCGAGAACGCGGUUUCACCUGCCGCUCCCUGAUGCACUAUAGUGAAUUUGGAAUGGCUAAUUGCAUUCUCAACUUCCACACGAGUACCACAAGAAGCAAAUAUUUCAUGCUGGAAUUGCAUAUAAGUGUGGAUUAUAUUGAGCUUCCGCCUUGUUCUUAUAAAACGCCGAUAGGGUUGCAUGAAGGGAAAACAUCUUUGAAAAUGCAUGACAGUGAAAUGAUACGGGAAGGAUUGCAGUCACAACUAAUGAAUUACCCAAAAACCAGUUCAGUUCAAGUGAAUGGAGAUAUUAAGCAGCAGCUAAAACCAAAGGAAUCCAACGCCCUCGUCUACGCCCUGCCCCCUGAAUUCGAUCCUAAACGUUCUCUAGUAGAGCUGGGCCCAGAAUCCGAUGCGGACCUCAGCAAAAAUAACCAGAAAAUUCCCGCAAAUGAGAAGUGGUCAGACUGGAGCGAAUGCGAUCCGCUUACCAGCACUAAGAAGCGGAGCCGGAUAUGUGACGCCGCAACGCUCUGUAUUCCAGAAUUAAAGAUGGAACCAUGCUUUUUCAAAUCCGAAUUUGACAGAGCGCUCCCAUUAUGGAAAGCCGAACAACGGAGACAAGAUACAAUCAAUGUCAGCAAAUCAAAGCUCUUUAUGCCGGCCCGAGAAAAUACAAUGCCAAAACUCUACUUUGUCUUU